CUUGAUACUCCGAAAUACCUACAUUCCGGCCAUACAGCCGCAGUUGUUGAUCUCGAUUAUUCUCCUACCGGUCAAGAGAUUGUGUCCGGUUCUUUCGAUCGAUCUGUCCGGAUAUUCCGCGCCAAUGAGUCGAGGAGCAGGGAUAUAUACCACACAAAACGCAUGUCAAAUGUGCUUUCUGUAUUGUGGUCAAUGGACAAUAAGUUUGUACUUUCUGGUAGUAAUGAGAUGAAUGUUAGGGUGUGGAAAGCAAAAGCGGCGGAAAAACUUGGCCCGCUCGCACCUCGUGAGAAAGCAGCAUUUGCCUAUAGUGAGAAACUUCGUGAUCAGUUCAAGGAGCACCCAGAAAUUCGACGGAUUGCUCGACACAGAAAUGUGCCGAAAAGUAUACUUCAUGCGAGCCGUGAACAUGCGGCCAUUCGCGCGUCUCAGUCACGGAAGGAAUUCAAUCGUAGAAAAGCUGAAGGGAUCAAAGAUGACGAAGUGGAGUUUGUACCGCAAGUCAAGAAAUCUAUGGUCAAAAAGAGUGCGGAGCCGUUAUAA